UACUGCCGGUCCCUCCUUCAGGCCCAUCCCAAGAUGGCGGAGAUCCCCCUGUACUUUGUGGACUUGCAAGACGACUCUGCCCCGGGAUGGGUCGAGGGGGUAGUCCCAAGUCCCAGUCGACUCAGGGAGGACGGGGGGCCUGCCACUUUGGAGAUGGAUUUGAAGACUAUGGUCCAGAUUGCAACAGCAUGAGAGUAACAGCCUUCUUGGAUGUUCCAGGCCAGGAUAACCUGCUUCCGCUUACUCGCCUGGAGAAGUAUGCCUUCAGCGAGAACACCUUCAACCGGCAGAUUAUUGCCAGAGGGCUGCUUGAUGUCUUCCGGGACUUCAGUAACAAUGAGGAGGACUUCCUAACAGUAAUGGCGAUCGUGGUCAGAUUGUCAGAAGAUGCAGAGCCCACAGUGCGGACUGAGCUGAUGGAACAGAUUCCUCCUAUUGCCAUUUUUUUACAAGAAAACAGAUCAAAUUUUCCAGUGGUGCUCUCCGAAUAUCUCAUACCUAUUGUGGUGAGGUACCUCACAGAUCCAAACAAUCAGGUUAGAAAAUCAACGCAGGAAGUACUCUUGAUUCUUCUGGAACAAGACCUUAUUUUCCAGUAUGAUAUUGAAAACACAGUAUGUCCCAUUUUGCUGCAGCUCUCUGCCCUGGACAGUGAUGAUGAAUAUAAAGCAGAAGCCGUGAGCAUAAUCUGCAAAAUGGCUUCCAUGCUGAGUAAGAGUACAGUUGAACGCCUGCUACUUCCUCGAUUCUGUGAACUGUGUGGUGACGGGAAGCUCUUUCAAGUUCGGAAGGUUUGCGCUGCAAAUUUUGGUGAUAUUUGUCGUGCUGUUGGACAAGAAGCCACUGAGAAAUUUUUGAUCCCAAAGUUCUUUGAGCUCUGCUCAGAUGCUGUGUGGGGCAUGCGGAAAGCCUGCGCGGAAUGCUUCACGGCUGUGUCGCACAGCUCCUCCCCUGAGGUCCGCAGAACCCAGCUCUCCCCGCUCUUCAUCAGACUUGUCAGCGACCCUUGCCGAUGGGUGCGCCAGGCUGCCUUCCAGUCCCUCGGCCCCUUCAUUUCCACCUUUGCAAACCCCUCCAGGGCUGGCCUUUAUCUUGGAGAGGAUGGCACCCUGAGCAUCUGGCCACUCACCCAGGAUGUGGACUCUGGUUUUGCCUCUGGCUCACCCACUCCCAGAAGUGGUGGUAACACUUCCUCUGCCAGUUCAACAAAGCCUGUGCAGAUGGAGCCAGAGCUACCUGAGGAAGGUACCUCAGCGAAAACCAGUAACUUCUCUCCUAUCAGUAGCUCUGAUGGCCUAACGGAAAACCCCGUGGAAAGCUCAGUGUUGGCUGGGGCUGAGUUGACCAGGCUUUCCCCAGAGGCCAGCGCCUUUUCAAAGCUUUCUGAUAUUAAUGACCUCCCCAUCAGCAGCCACCCUGGAUCAGAUUCCUGGGCCUGCCCAGGGAAUGCUGAGGAUUUGUUCAAUGAUUUUCUUUAUUGGCGAACUCCUCUCCCUGACAUAAGCAAGGACUUAGAGCUGUUUCUGAGUGAGGCUGAGCCUCAAGAGGAUGACUGCAGCAGACCCAAGACUGUGCACAACAGCUGUGUAGCCCGGAGUGAGAUCCAGAAAGUCCUUGAGAGUUUGCAGGAGCAUAUGCUGAAUGAUCCAGAUGUUCAAGCUCAGGUUCAGGUAUUAUCCGCUGCACUGAGAGCUGCACAGCUUGAUUCCGUGAAUGAACCCGAGAGCAAGCCGACAGCAGGUCUAAAUGAAGUGUCCAUUUCAGAUUCCAGCUCUGCCUCUGACAAUCAGAUCACUCUGUCGGCUUCAUCAUCUCACAAUGAGCUCUCCGUGGCCAGGAUAUUACAAAGCACAGAUGCAGGUGAACACAGAAAUGGAACCAGUGACCAUCUGGAUAUGGACCAGAGGCAGGAUCCCACCCCACUUGAAGAGAAUAAAUCAAAAAUACCGGAUAUAAUACCUCAGCCGCUGCUAGAUCAGUAUGUGUCCAUGACUGACCCAGCUCGAGCCCAGACUGUCGAUACUGACAUCGCCACACACUGUGCCUACAGCCUCCCAGGGGUGGCGCUGACCCUGGGCAGGCAGAAUUGGCAUUGCCUGAAAGAUACAUAUGAAACACUGGCUUCUGAUGUACAGUGGAAGGUGCGGCGAACCCUAGCCUUCUCCAUUCACGAGCUGGCUGUGAUUCUUGGGGAUCAGUUAACAGCAGCUGACCUGGUGCCCAUCUUCAAUGGAUUUUUAAAGGAUCUGGAUGAAGUGCGCAUAGGAGUUCUUAAACACCUGUAUGAUUUUCUAAAGUUGCUUCAUGAAGACAAGAGGAGAGACUAUCUUUACCAGCUUCAAGAAUUUGUAGUGACUGAUAACAGCAGGAAUUGGAGGUUUCGAUAUGAACUGGCAGAACAGCUGAUACUGAUUCUGGAACUCUAUAGUCCUAAUGAUGUUUAUGAUUACUUAAUGCACAUUGCCUUAAAGUUGUGUGCAGAUAAAGUUUCUGAAGUUCGGUGGAUCUCCUUCAAACUAGUUGUGGCAAUUCUGCAGAAGUUCUAUUCCAACAGUGAAAGUGCAUUGGGGUUAAAUUUCAUCCAUGAACUCAUCAUAAGGUUCCGGCACUGUUCUAAGUGGGUUGGAAGGCAAGCUUUCGCUUUCAUCUGUCAGGCAGUGGUGAGCAAGGAGUGCAUCCCCAUGGACCAGUUCGUGGAGCACCUGCUUCCCAGCCUUCUGAGCCUCGCAUCAGAUCCUGUGCCCAAUGUGAGGGUUCUGCUAGCCAAGGCCCUAAGGCAGGUGCUGUUGGAAAAGGCGUAUUUUAGAAAUGCCGGUAACCCUCAUCUUGAAGUCGUUGAAGAGACCAUCUUGGCUUUGCAGUCAGACCGGGACCAAGAUGUUUCCUUUUUUGCAACCCUAGAACCAAAGCGGCGGAAUACCAUAGACACUACUGUACUAGAAAAACAGAAUUAACUACUCUAUGAUGAAUCGCAGUCUGGCUGUUUCAUGCUUGACACAUAUGGCUUAUAAUAACUUGAAGGGGAACUGAUUAUAUUAUACCAGCUGGGGGAGAUUUCGGAACCUUUCAUACUGUGCACUCAAAGACUGAAUGAUUGACCCCUCUCCUAUCUGUACCCCGAAGGGGACUGAAGCUGAUUAGGGCUUUUUCUGGAUGGCUGAGCCAUCCUGAUCAGUAAGUCUGUGGAAAGGCUUCAGACCAGGUGGUUAACUGGGCACUGGAGCCUCUGAACCAUCAGGCUGCUUGCUGGCACGUUAUUUUCUCCAUGGCAGACUGUAUGAUCUGAAGUCCCCCCACCCUUGCCGAGUAGUGUAUUAGAAGCUCUUAAGUCUUUUAUAGACCUGCAUAUUUCCUUCCCUAAUGGUUUCCUAUAAAAUAUAGCUUAUGGCAUUAUAUUUUAUUUUUAAAUGAAUUACUGUACUUAUAUAAAUAACUCUUGACAGGAAGAAAAUAUAUUAAUGUAGUAUUUGCCCCCAUCAGUGAGCUGAACAAAUAUAUCAUUUAAAUCUAUGCUCCACUUUGAGUUGCUACAAAUAUAGUUCAGUUUGUUUACUUUCAAAAAAUGUGAUAAAGAAAUCUAAAGAAUGAUUGAUGGCAGUCUUUCUCAUAUUGUGCCUUUGUUACAAUCUCUGCUGGAACUUUUCCUCAGACACGUACUCCUCCCCUCCUGAGAGGAACUGUUUCCCUAAAGAUGUGUGUUGGCCUUUGAUAGAGGCAUAAAGCUGAAAGAUUUUUCACUUUUA